AAUGAGGCAGUGAAUGAGGGAGUGUGUGAAUGAGGGAGUGUUGCGGAGUGUCUGAUGUUGUUACAAAGUGAAACUGUUGCUGAAACGAAACCAAACCCGGAACCGGAGCCCCGAGUAACAGCCGAUUCGAUUCCCGGCGACAAAGAUGGUACCAGAGUUACAGAACAACACUGUCCAGAUCCGAAACCCCGAACGGGUCAAAGAGAUCAUCGAGUCCAUCAAGCGAGGCGGAGCAUCCAAACUCCAGAUCAUCACUGAUUUCGAUAUGACUUUGACCAGAUUCGCCACCAAUGGGAAAAGAUGUCCCACCUGCCACAAUAUUAUUAUCAACAGCGACUUAGUCAGCGAGGAAUGUAGGAAGAAGCUGAAGGAUCUUCUGAACACUUACUACCCCUUGGAAAUCGACCCCUCGACGUCCAUCACUGAAAAAUUGCCACUGAUGAUCGAAUGGUGGACUAAGGUGCAUGCGCUGCUGGUGGAGCAGAAGAUUGCGAAGAUCAAUCUGGUGGAGACGGUGCGGGAGUCGAACGCUGUGCUGAGAGACGGAUACAAACCUUUCUUUGAUAAGCUUCAGCAGCACAACAUUCCCGUCUUCAUAUUCUCGGCCGGGGUCGGUGACAUUCUGGAGGAGGUGAUCCGUCAGGUGGGGGUCUAUCACCCCAACGUGAAGGUGGUCUCCAACUUCAUGGACUUCGACGAGAAUGGCCUCCUGAAGGGGUUUAAGGGUGAGUUGAUUCACGUGUAUAACAAGCAGGAGGGGGCCCUGCAGAACACGGAAUACUUCCAGCUGCUGAUGCAGUGCAGUAACGUGGUGUUGCUGGGAGACUCUCUGGGGGACCUCAGUAUGGCCGACGGGGUGCAGAACCAGGAAAACAUCCUGAAAAUCGGUUUCCUGAACGACAAGGUGGAGGAGCUGCUGGAGCAGUAUUUGGCGGCUUACGACAUUGUCCUUGUGAGGGACGAGACCUUGGACGUGGCCAACGGAAUCCUGGAGCACAUCCUCAGCCCCAGUCAGCCACUGGCCUGAGGAGCCUCGCUCAACCACACACACACUUAACACACGCACGUGCACUCACUCAACACGCGCGCACUCAAGACACACACAAACUCAAGACACACACACACAGACGCAAAACACACACACUCAACGGAUGAGCACACUCUACACACUCCACACACACGCGUCACUCUACACACGCACACUCCACACUGGGCGUAUGCAUACACACAAGCCGCACAUUGUUCCUCUCCUUGAACCAAUCCAAUCCAACCCAAGCCAACCCAUCCCAGCCCAGCCCAGCCCAGCCAGGCCACUCUGUGAUUGUGCGGGAAGUGGAAGAUCAAACAAAGGCAGUGAGGACAGUGCCGAGGGAGGUUUGCUCUGUCUCUAACCCGGGCUGGGGCUCGGCUGCGGGUGCCGGUUAGAGGGAGCUUUUCCAAGGACAAAUUGAAAAGAUCGAGAAGUGAGACCUUUGGGCUGUUUAUACUCCAGGUCUGAGUUGAUCCAUCGAUUCGCACAGAUAUCUCCUCAAUAUCAUCGAUCUCCUCUGUGCAGCAUUAUCCCUCAGUCCAUGGGCGGGGGGGGCGCAAUUUAGCUUGGUUCAAUCUGGGGGAGGGAGUGGAGGAGAGAGUGUGGAAUGUUAAUUAUCCUGUUGAUUUUAAAACUUUGUAAAAUGAAUCAAUUUUCUGGAAUACCUCAUUGAUACGCACCUAGUGAGGGUGGGGGCUGAUAACGAGGGGAAUGGCCUCGGGGGUGGGGGCUGUUAGCGCCAUGUUUCCCUCCCCCCUCAUGUAUAUGGGUCUGUGUUCAUGUGUGCCCGUUUAUGGCCAGGCUGGGAUCGGAGAUGGGGGGGGGGAGGGGUAAAUUCCUAAAUUCAACUAAUUCACUGAGUAAAACCACAAGUCCCAGUGUUUCAUCUGAUGUGCGUGUGUGAAUGGACACGUGUUAAACUUGAAAUGCUCUUGCUGCUCAUCACGACAGACACCUGUGAUCUUCCCCACUCUCUCCAGGGACUGCGCUGGGUCUCAGUAUCUCUGCGCUUCCUGUCCUGACCUCCCCCCACACACACACCCCUCGCCCACGAGAACCACGCCCUAUGUAUCCCCAUCACCUUUCACUUAGUUUUUUAAAGAAUGUUUUAAGCAUCGAUUUUGUAUAACGACCUCUCUGCUCGGGGGAGGGGCAGGCAGACAGGAAAUUAAUUCUGCGUCAGAGUUGUACUCCACAAUAAACCCUUUUCUAGAGUGA